UUAUAGCCGUUUUAGCCAUUAUAUAUAACUAACCACCAAUCAGCAUAUGACACGUCAUCGUCCUCUUUUUUCCAGCCUGUCGCUUUUAAACUUUUUUUUUUCUUCUCUUUGUUAAUGCAACAACUGUUAUUUUCACACGUGUCACAUUUUCCCUCUCUCGCUCUCUUUUUCUCUCUUUCGCUCUCUUCUUCCCCGCACUUCCCGGAGACGACGCCGGAGGAAAAUCGUACGGAAACUUUCUUUCGACUUCACGAAGCUCUUUCUUUCUCUCUCUCUCUGGAAAAUUUCCUUACCACCAACCGAACGAGAGGAGAGAGAGAAGGUGAAUUUUGGGGUUAUUGGUAGAGAGCGAUUAUCGGAAGAGCCAGAGAAAGAAAUAAGCAGCUUCUUCCUCCUUCAUCGUUGGACCGUGACUUUUGUUUUCUUCAGCUUAAAGCCAAAAAAAAAAAGAUGACUGGCGUUGGCGAGAAUCAGCUUAUCUCCAUUCAACCUGAUGAACUAAAAUUUCUCUUUGAACUAGAGAAACAAAGCUACUGUGAUCUUAAAGUUGCCAAUAAAACAGAGCACUAUGUUGCUUUCAAGGUGAAAACAACAUCUCCAAAGAAGUAUUUUGUAAGACCUAACACUGGUGUCAUUCAGCCAUGGGACUCUUGCAUCAUUAGAGUUACUCUUCAAGCGCAACGGGAGUAUCCUCCAGAUAUGCAGUGCAAAGACAAAUUUCUUCUGCAAAGUACCAUUGUACCUCCACACACUGAUGUGGAUGAACUUCCACAAGACACUUUCACCAAGGACAGUGGAAAGACAUUAACAGAAUGUAAGCUCAAAGUCUCUUAUAUUUCCCCGUCUACAACCCAAAGAUCCUCUGAAUCUGGAGCAACAAAUGGUGAUGGACAAAGCUCGGAAACCAUCUCUACUAUACAGCGGCUGAAGGAAGAGCGUGAUGCUGCCGUUAAGCAAACACAACAGCUGCAACAUGAAUUGGAAACGGUGAGGAGGCGGAGAAACCAGAGGAACAGCGGAAAUGGGCUAUCCUUGAAGUUGGCAGCUAUGGUCGGACUCAUCGGACUCAUCAUCGGUUUCAUCCUAAAACUCACCUUAGCUUCUCCCACAUAACAACUCUUGAGCUACUCCGCAUCGCCUACCAUCUCAGUAUAUGUAACUGCGGAAUCAAAACAGAUUCACAUAUAUUUUCGGGUAUUUUAAUCUUCUAAAUUUGGGCUUAUUUCUAUCCCUCUCUUUCUUUCUCCUUAAUGUUCUACACGUUUCUUCCAUCAAAUUUUCUUCUUUUUCAGUUAUAUUUUAUGUACAUUUUUGACCCAACAGACCCUUUCAUCAUUGGAUUUAACGUGUCCCACUUUUUCAAUCCUCUUGUGCUUUAUUGAAAAUGACUAAUCCUUUGUAUU